AAUCUAUGCGCGUAAAAUGUGUAGGACCAUGACUUGUCUUCGUCGUUAUUAGCUCAAUCAUCUUUGAAGUUACCAGGCAACUGCGGGGAAGAAUUGACUUUGACAAAACAAACUGCUUGUUGCCUUUCUUUGGCAGAGAGGACUGGAAAAAUUUGAGCUUUUUUUCUUUUCCUCAACGCCAUCCAUUUCUAUACCAAACAUGUCAUCAGCAUCCCCUCCCUCCAGUUUAUCCCAAAUGGUUAAUCUAGUCUUCUUCUUCCUUUAUUCUCUUCUUUGCACCUUCGCAGUUCAUUCCGCAGAUAAUUACCUCACAGGGGAUAUAGCUAUUAACUGUGGUUCAACUGGCAUUUCAACCGCCUUCAAUAACAAAGAAUGGAUUGGAGAUAUAACAGAAUCAAAAUCUACUUCCUCAAUUGUGAUAAAAGGCUCAUCUACCGCCUCAACUGCCUUCCAUAAUUUGGUUUCAACAGAUUCCAUUCCCUACAAGACAGCUCGAAUCUCUCGCAAGCAAUUCUCCUACACAUUUCAAGUUAGUCCAGGUCAGAAACUUAUUCGUCUUCACUUCAGUCCGGCUUCUUACUAUCGUUUCAAAAAAUUUAAGGAUUUUUUCACUGUCGAAGCUGGGGCUUUCACUCUCCUUAGAAACUUUAGCGCUUCACUAACUGCUGAUGCCCUCGGCGUGAAGUCUUUGGUUAAGGAGUAUUGCAUGAAUAUAGAACAGAAUCAACCCCUGAGUAUAAUUUUCUCUCCUGAACACAGUCAAUCUGAUAAAACAUAUGCUUUUAUAAAUGGAAUAGAGGUAAUAUCUAUGCCUAGUUAUCUUUCUUACUCUCAUGAUGAUGAUCUUGGAGCCCGAGUGGUUGGCCAAAAAUCUAGAUUCUAUAUCGACAACAACACUGCACUGGAAAUGAUGCAGCGAUUAAAUUUCAAAUGGGACCCUAUUCCUUAUCUUGGCAUGUUUGGGAAAUGGGCAACAGUUCCAGAUGAAAAGAUCAAAGAUUUUACCUGGAAAACGUCUGUGGAUGUUGGAUUCGGAUACUUGCUCAGGCUUCAUUUCUGCGAGAGGGGACUUCAGAUGGCAGAGACUAGAAACAGCGUAUUCAGUGUCUCCAUAAAUGACAUGAUUGCAGAAACUAAUGUUGAUAUUGGCAAAGAGAGGAGCGUCGUCAGUGGAAUCCAUUUGCACAGAGACUAUAUGGUGACGGUGAAAGGAAACAAAGAAGAUGGCAGUCGCGAUCUAUCAAUUUCCCUGCAGUUAAAGGAUGAAUUGGUAACUGAACUCUUCAGAGGAUUGGAGAUAUUGAAGUUGAGCAACCACGAUAAUAGUCUUGCAAGUCCAAACCCCUCCCCUCCCGGACGAUCUUCAAAAUCUGCUAGAGUACAAAAUUUACUGUCAUUUUUUGGUCAUGGAAAUGCAAUUGCUACUGGUGCAGUAAUUAUAAUCUCCCUAGUCAACAUCAUUACUUAUAAGUUGCGGGAAAUUUGGGAAGAUAACUGUACCGACUCUGGAUACAAGCCAUCGAGCUUGACUGGAAAACUAUGUCGUCCUUUUUCGCUUACUGAGAUCCAAUCAGCUACUGAGAACUUCAAUGAUGCACUUGUUAUUGGGAGGGGUGGAUUUGGCAAAGUAUACAGAGGAUUUAUUAGUAAGGCGCAAAAGAUUGUAGCCAUAAAACGAUUAAAAUCCAAUUCCAGGCAAGGGGCGCGCGAGUUUUGGACAGAGGUCGAAACCCUUUCGCAGCUCCAACAUACUAAUAUCAUUUCUUUAAUCGGAUACUGCAAUGAAUGCCAAGAAAUGAUCCUUCUCUAUGAAUAUGUUCCUAGUGGCACAUUGGCUGACCAUCUCUUUGGACUCAGUGGACAGAGUGAUUAUCACUCCUCUCUCUCUUGGGAGCAGCGACUGAGGAUCUGCACUGGGGUAGGCCGAGGAUUAGACUACCUUCACACUGGCACUGAUCAAGGAAUCAUACACCGUGACAUAAAGGCUUCGAACAUCCUGCUGGAUGAAAAUUUGGAGGCUAAGAUUUCAGAUUUUGGGUUGGCCAAAGCUCGAAAGAGAAAUUGUGUGCAAAGCUAUGUCAGCACUAACGUUAAAGGUACAUAUGGGUAUUUUGACCCAGACUAUUUCAGAACUCGUAGAUUGAGAAGGAAGAGUGACACAUAUGCCUUCGGGGUUGUGUUGUUGGAAGUACUGUGCGAAAGACCAGCACUGGAUCGAAGAGUCGAAGAGGAUAAGCAGAGGAUCCUCGCCAUUUGGGCUCAAGAUUGCAUCAGCAAAGGAGAAAUUGAUCGCCUUGUUGCUCCAAGUCUGAGGGCCCAAAUAUCACCAGAGAGCCUGAUGACAUUUCUUGAAGUUGCUAAAAGAUGCUUGCAUGACGAACCAAAUAAACGGCCUACAAUGGCUCAAGUUGUGGUACAACUUGAGUCUGCACUGGAGCAGCAGGAAAGCUCAAAAUCUUCUGCUCCAGAGAUAACUAGUUCUGAUAGUGUCGUGCCUCGUGCUGGGGAAACUCUCCAUUCAAUUAACACCGAGAUAGAAGAAAUGUCCUCUGUGGAUGAGCAGAAUAUGCCUCUCUCUCUGACUGAAAGAAGCAAAAUGGCUCAGAAUACCGAGCCAUCAGGCAGAGGAGCACAAGUGUAUAAGAAAAACAAAAUUGCUUAUAAGCUACCACGAUUUCGGCCAUGGAAUGCAUUAUGGAAAAGGGCAAACAUGAUAAAGAAAACCCAUUUAUCCAUACCAGAAUAUUUUGGAGAGGAAGUUGAAUCGCAUAGAUUUGAUCUUGCUACAAUUGCAGCUGCAACUAAUAACUUUUCACUUCCAAAUGAAAUUGGAGCAGGUGCAUUUGGUACUGUUUAUAAGGGUCUGUUAUCUACAGGAAAGGAAGUAGCUAUUAAAAGGCUUUCAUCAAAUUCCUACCAAGCCGACAGUGUUCUUAAAAAUGAGGUUCUUUUGCUUUCCAAACUUCAGCAUCCAAACCUCAUUAAACUACUUGGAUAUUGUCUUCAUGGACAAGAAAGGAUGCUUGUAUAUGAGCUCAUGGAGAAAAAAUCUCUAAAUGCUUACCUAUUUGGUGAAAAAAGACAUGAAAUUGGAUGGACCAUACGUUUCAAUAUCUUUAUUGGUAUUGCUCGUGGAAUUCUCCAUCUUCAUCAAGAUUCAGGAUUGAGAAUUAUUCAUAGAGAUAUCAAAGUAAGUAAUAUUUUACUUGACAAAGAGAUGAACCCUAAAAUUUCGGGUUUCGGUUUGGCUUGUACUUUAGAAGAACAUCAAGCUGAAAUGAUUACCUUGAUAGCUGGGACAAUCGGUUAUAUCUCUCCAGAAUGUCUUAGAGAAAGUAUAAUCUCAGUAAAGUCAGACGUGUAUAGUUUUGGAGUUCUUGUCCUAGAGAUUGUGAGUGGAAGAAGCAUUCAUAGUGCUUUUCCUGACCUAAUUGUCUGUGUCUGGAAGAUGUGGAAUGAAGGAAAAGCCUUAGAAUUUUUAGAUAAAUCAAUGAAGGAUGAGUUUCCAGCAGAUGAAGCAUUAAGAUGUAUCCAAGUUGGACUUUUAUGUAUCCAAAAACACCGAGGUGAUCGACCAACAAUGCAAUCAGUGCUUGAGAUGUUGGAAGGAGAAGUUCCGUCGUUGCCACAACCAUUACCACCUCCAUAUUUUGAAAAUGAAACGUAUUCUGAAUUGAAGACGAGCACUCACAUCGACACUACCAAUGAGGUAACUAUUACAGAGUUAGAGUGUCGAUAAAAAGCAUGUCCACAUGACUGCAACCUUUUUGAUUCAGUUUCAAGGUGUCUUUCAUAUGAUUGUCAACAAAGAAACAUCAUUAAUCUUAUGAAGCUAUUUUAUAUCUGAAUACUAUGCACAACCCAUAUAGUAGUUUUUUGCAUGUAAAUCGUAUAAAUAUGUUAGUAAUAGUUCUCAUUCGCAUCCUUUCUUUGAGUUUGAAUAAUUGUAAUGACAUUCAAGUCCUACAUUUGAAGAUAAGAUUAUUUGUCU